CCGAGGCAAGUCUCAAUUUUCGCCGUUGCCUCGGCUGUAUGGCGGGGUUAAGGGGGAGACGUCGGCGGUGCGGAGCAAAGCAGCCGCUGCGCUGUUGAGGAGAAGAGCCCAGACGCAGCGCGAACCGCCCGAGCCACUCUUGGCGCCCGGGAGGACGGCCAGAGCAAGGUCGCCCGGCAGCGCCGCAGAGGGAGGGACGCAAAACACAAGCGCUGCAGCCCAGCCCGACGACCCGAAGAACUUAACUACUCCAGUUUCGUUCGUGUGAGCUGCCAAAGGAGGGGAGAGCGAGCCUGCCUGCCUGGCGUGGGGGGCGCGAGCCGCGGCAGGGGUCGCCACCAUGAGGCGGCUCGGGGGCGUCUGCCUGCCGCCGCCGCCGCUCUUGCUGCUGCUCCUGCUUGUGCUGCAGUUGGGAGCCCUUUCCUACGUGCGAGGUGCAGCUAGCAGUGGCACAGAAUGUUCUUGUGGACGCAACCACUUCACCUGUGCAGUGAGCGCCUUUGUGGAAUGCACUUGUAUCCCUGCUCAGUGGCAGUGUGAUGGCGACAAUGACUGUGGGGACCACAGCGAUGAAGAUGGCUGCAUGCUGCCCACUUGUUCCCCAUUGGAUUUUCACUGCGACAAUGGCAAAUGUAUCCGUCGUUCAUGGGUCUGUGAUGGAGACAAUGACUGUGAGGAUGAUUCUGAUGAGCAGGACUGCCCUCCACGAGAAUGUGAGGAGGAUGAAUUUUCAUGUCAGAAUGGAUACUGCAUACGCAGCCUGUGGCACUGUGAUGGAGACAACGAUUGUGGGGACAACAGCGAUGAACAGUGUGAUAUGAGGAAGUGUUCAGACAAAGAAUUCCGCUGCAGUGAUGGCAGUUGCAUAGCUGAACACUGGUUUUGUGAUGGAGAUACAGAUUGCAAGGAUGGCUCAGAUGAGGAGAACUGCCCGUCAGACAUUCCAGCAGCAACAUGUAGCCUGGAGGAGUUCCAGUGUGCAUAUGGCCGCUGUAUCCUAGACAUCUAUCACUGUGAUGGAGAUGAUGACUGUGGAGACUGGUCUGAUGAAUCUGACUGCUCCUCGCAUCAGCCAUGUCGCUCUGGAGAGUUUAUGUGCAACAGUGGUUUGUGCAUUAAUGCUGGAUGGAGAUGUGACGGUGACUUUGACUGUGAUGACCAAUCGGAUGAGAAGAACUGCACAACAUCUAUGUGCACUGCUGACCAGUUCCGCUGUAAAUCUGGCCGCUGUGUCCGUCUUUCAUGGCGCUGCGAUGGAGAAGAUGAUUGUUCUGAUAAUAGUGAUGAAGAAAACUGUGAGGAAACAGGAAGCCCGCAAUGUGCCCCAGAUCAGUUUCUGUGUGGGAAUGGGCGUUGCAUUGGCCAAAGAAAGCUGUGUAAUGGUGCAAAUGACUGUGGAGAUGGUAGUGAUGAGAGCCCUGAACAAAACUGCCGUCCUCGAACUGGAGAGGAAAACUGUAAUCUGAAUAACGGCGGCUGUGCCCAAAAGUGCCAGAUGUCUCGAGGAACGGUGCAGUGUACCUGCCACACAGGUUAUCGGCUUCUGGAGGAUGGCAGGUCAUGCCAUGAUGUGAACGAAUGUGCAGAAGAAGGUUAUUGCAGCCAAGGAUGCACCAACAGUGAGGGGGGUUUCCAGUGCUGGUGCGAGCAAGGCUACGAGCUUCGCCCAGACAAGCGCAGCUGUAAAGCCCUGGGGCCAGAACCCGUGUUACUGUUUGCCAAUCGGAUUGAUAUUCGACAGGUCUUACCUCACCGCUCAGAGUAUACCUUACUACUGAACAAUCUGGAAAAUGCAAUUGCGCUUGAUUUCCACCAUAGCAAGGAGUUAGUCUUUUGGUCAGAUGUCACACUGGACCGUAUAAUGCGGGCCAACUUGAAUGGCAGCAAUGUGGAGGAAGUCGUGUCCACAGGACUAGAGAGUCCAGGUGGUUUGGCUGUUGACUGGAUCCAUGACAAGUUGUAUUGGACAGACUCAGGAACAUCUCGUAUUGAAGUUGCAAACUUGGAUGGCACCCACAGGAAGGUGCUUCUGUGGCAGAACUUGGAAAAACCUCGUGCAAUCGCUCUUCACCCCAUGGAGGGCACCAUCUACUGGACAGAUUGGGGAAACACACCUCGGAUUGAGUACUCCAACAUGGACGGCUCCAAUCGGCGCAUCAUCGCUGACACUCAUCUUUUUUGGCCAAAUGGGCUAACUAUUGACUACGCAGGGCGUCGGAUGUAUUGGGUAGAUGCCAAACAUCAUGUUAUUGAGAGGGCUGACUUAGAUGGACAGAACAGGAAGGCUGUCAUUAGCCAAGGACUUCCACAUCCUUUUGCCAUCACAGUAUUUGAAGACAGCUUGUACUGGACAGACUGGCAUACCAAGAGUAUAAACAGUGCCAACAAAUUUACAGGGAAAAACCAGGAGAUCAUCCGCAACAAACUUCACUUCCCCAUGGAUAUUCACACCCUGCACCCCCAACGCCAGCCAGCAGCAGGGAGAAAUCGCUGUGGAACUAACAAUGGAGGUUGCACUCACCUGUGUCUACCAAAUAACAAGACGUACACCUGUGCCUGCCCUACAGGCUUUAAGAAAACCAGCACCCAUACCUGUGCCCAAAGUCUUGACAAGUUCCUGCUUUUUGCCCGAAGGAUGGACAUCCGUCGUAUCAGCUUCGACACAGAAGACCUGUCUGAUGAUGUCAUCCCCUUGGCUGAUGUACGCAGUGCUGUGGCUCUGGACUGGGAUGCAAAGGAUGAUUAUGUCUACUGGACAGAUGUUGGCACUGACUCCAUUAGUCGGGCAAAAUGGGAUGGAACGGGCCAAGAGGUUGUGGCAGACAGCAGUCUGGAAAGCCCAGCUGGUUUGGCUAUUGACUGGGUCACCAACAAGUUGUAUUGGACAGAUGCAGGAACAGACCGGAUAGAGGUGUCCAACACUGAUGGAACUAUGCGGACUGUGCUGAUAUGGGAGAAUCUAGACAGACCCAGAGAUAUUGUGGUGGAUCCUGUUGGAGGAUUCAUGUACUGGACUGAUUGGGGGGCUAACCCAAAGAUUGAGCGUGCAGGCAUGGAUGCCUCUAAUCGCAUGGUGAUCAUUUCUUCCAACUUAACCUGGCCCAAUGGACUAGCCAUUGACUAUGAGUCUCAACGCUUCUACUGGGCAGAUGCUGGUAUGAAGACAAUUGAAUAUGCUGGCUUGGAUGGCAGUGAUAGGAAGGUACUCAUUGGAAGCAAUCUGCCUCACCCUUUUGGGCUUACUCUGUAUGGAGCUCGGAUCUACUGGACUGAUUGGCAAGCAAAGAGCAUCCAGAGUGCUGACAAAAGGACAGGGCAGGAUCGUGAAACUCUGCAGGACAACCUAGAGAAUCUUAUGGACAUCCACGUCUUCCAUCGAAAUAGGCCCUCAGUGCACACACCGUGCAAUGUUAAUAAUGGUGGAUGUAGUCAUCUGUGCCUUCUGGCCCCUCUUCCUAAGAGUUAUAGCUGUACUUGUCCUACUGGCAUCAACUUGCAACCAGAUGGCAAAACAUGCUUGCCAGGUAUGAACAGCUUCCUGAUCUUUGCUAGAAGGACAGACAUUCGCAUGGUUUCACUUGACAUUCCAUAUUUUGCUGAUGUUGUCGUCUCUGUCAACGUUACCAUGAAAAAUACCAUUGCCAUUGGAGUCGAUCCUCAGGAAGGAAAGGUUUAUUGGUCAGAGAGCACACUGAGGAAGAUUAGCAGGGCUUCCCUGGAUGGCUCACAGUAUGAAGAUAUUAUUACUACAGGGUUACAGACAACGGAUGGAUUAGCAGUGGAUGCUAUUGGUCGAAAAGUAUAUUGGACUGACACAGGAACUAAUAGGAUUGAAGUGGGUAAUCUGGAUGGAUCAAUGAGAAAAGUUUUGGUAUGGGAGAAACUGGACAGUCCAAGAGCGAUUGCAUUAUACCAUGAGAUGGGGUUUAUGUAUUGGACAGACUGGGGAGAGAAUGCCAAACUGGAACGAGCAGGAAUGGAUGGCUCCAACCGCGUGGUCCUUAUCAACAACAACCUGGGGUGGCCAAAUGGACUUGCUGUAGAUCGGGCUGGAUCACAACUGCUGUGGGCUGAUGCACAUACUGAGCGGAUUGAGUCUGCAGACCUGAAUGGUGCAAACCGCCGCACUCUACUCUCUCCAGUGCAGCACCCUUAUGGCCUCACUCUGCUGGAUUCCUACAUCUACUGGACUGAUUGGCAGACUCGAAGCAUUCACAGAGCUGACAAGGAUACUGGUGCUAAUGUCAUCCUAGUCAGGGCAAAUCUGCCUGGCCUAAUGGAUAUCCAAGCUAUUGACAGGGGAAAGCCUCUUGGUGCUAACAAGUGUGGCCUGAGGAAUGGUGGUUGCUCCCAUCUCUGCCUUCCAAACCCUGAAGGCUUCUCAUGUGCUUGCCCUACUGGCAUCCAACUGAAGAGUGACAAGAAGACCUGCGAUCCUUCUCCUGAAACUUACCUGCUCUUCUCUAGUCGGGGUUCCAUCCGGCGAAUCUCAUUGGAUACUAAUGAUCACACUGAUGUUCACGUCCCUGUCCCAGAGCUGAACAAUGUAAUCUCUCUGGACUAUGACAGUGUAGAUGGCAAGAUUUACUACACAGAUGUCUUCCUAGAUGUUAUUAGGCGAGCAGACCUGAAUGGCAGCAAUAUGGAAACAGUUAUUGGCCAAGGAUUGAAGACUACAGAUGGUCUAGCUGUGGAUUGGGUGGCUAGGAACCUCUACUGGACGGACACAGGCCGCAAUACAAUUGAAGUUGCAAGAUUAGAUGGCAGCUGCCGGAAAGUACUAAUUAAUAACAGUCUGGAUGAGCCUCGAGCAAUAGCUGUCUUUCCCAGAAAGGGAUACCUCUUCUGGACAGACUGGGGGCACGUUGCUAAAAUUGAGCGUGCAAACCUGGAUGGCUCUGAGCGCAAGAUACUGAUUAACAUCGAUUUAGGCUGGCCUAACGGCCUGACCUUGGAUUAUGACACCAGAAGGAUUUACUGGGUAGAUGCUCAUCUGGAUCGCAUAGAGAGUGCUGAUCUCAAUGGGAAGCUACGCCAGGUGCUGGUCAGCCAAGUAUCACAUCCCUUUGCUUUGACACAGCAGGACAGGUGGUUGUACUGGACAGACUGGCAGACUAAAUCUAUUCAGCGAGUGGACAAGUAUUCUGGUCGGAAUAAGGAAACCAUCUUAGCCAAUGUUGAAGGGCUUAUGGAUAUCAUUGUGGUCUCUCCUCAAAGGCAGACUGGCACAAACGCUUGUGGAGUGAAUAAUGGAGGCUGUACUCAUCUCUGCUUUGCCAGGGCUUCUGAUUUUGUUUGUGCAUGUCCAGAUGAACCAGAUGGGAAACCUUGCUCCACAGUUCCUGGCAUGGGGCCUCCAAUUCCUGAAACCACUCAUUCAAGCAAAAAUAGUCAAAUUCCUACUGGCAGAUCUGGCUCUUCCACAAGCAAGCCUCAUGUAUCUGUGGAAACAACAGGAGGAAACUGCUCUGACAGAAAAGUUGGCCAAGACCUGUGCAACCGAGCAAAUGAAGCUGUGCUGGCAACUACAGGUGAAGGGCUACAUGUCAGUUAUGUUAUUGGAGGACUUCUUAGUAUCUUGAUCAUUCUGUUGAUAGCUGGUGCUAUAAUUAUAUACAGACACAAGAAAUCCAAGUUCACAGAUCCUAGCUUAAGUAAUCUUACCUACAGUAACCCAUCUUACCGGACAUCGACUCAAGAGGUGAAGAUUGAAACAGCUCCCAAGCCUGCCAUGUAUAACCAGUUGUGUUUUAAGAAGGAGGCAAGCUCUGAUCAAAACUACACCAAGGAAAAGAUCAAAAUUGUAGAAGGAAUUUGCCUUUUGUCCAGUGAUGAAUCUGAAUGGGAUGACCUCAAACAGAUACGGAGCUCUCGAGGAUGUAUUCUCCGUGACCACGUCUGCAUGAAGACUGACACAGUCUCUAUCCAAGCCAGCACCGGGUCACUGGAUGACACUGAAACUGAGCAGCUGCUGCAGGAGGAGCAGUCUGAGUGCAGCAGCAUCAACGCAGCAGCUACCCCUGAGCGUCAUGGCUCUCUUCCAGACACAGGAUGGAAGCUUCAGCGCAAACCCUCAACAGAAAGUGAAGUUUAAAGCACAAACAGAGAUGCUUGUCCCUCCUUCUCUGUCAUUCGCUCUGAUGAUACAGGAUCUUGCCCACUAUUCAAGGAGGAACUCAGAGACUUCCCUCUAUUUCAUUUGGACCCCAGAGACUGACUUGGGUGAGGAGCCUGAGUUAGUUUGUGCCUUUGAGACUGAUGGGACACAACUCAGAGACCCUUUUUUUGGCUCAUUGUUAGUUUAUGUUUAUUUAUAUGUCCUCUGUUUCUAAAAGCUGUGGUGUUGAAUUCAGCAGGAUCUUUUCUCAGCUGACUCUGAUACAGCUUUCAUUCAGUCCCAAGUAUACACGCUGGCCAAGGAUUCUGCACUGCUGGUGGCCAAAAUUACUGAACUUGUCCAAUCCUGAUCCCUGUUGCCUUCCUUCCAAGGCUUUUGGCACUAACUGGAUUUUGCACUGCGUUCUUCCUUCUUUAAGGGGAAAUGGUUGGGGCCAGCAGAGGUUGCAUGGCGUGAGAGAAAUGAUGUGAGUGAUUAUCAAGUUGCUUUAGCAGAUACCUGUACAAGGAGAGCUGUAGUUUCAUUUCAGGGGUCAGUAAAAUAUCAACUUUCAAGCUAUGGGAAACACCCCAAUCCAAUACUUGCUAUAAGAGUAAAGCAGUCAGUCUGUUGCUGGCAACAGAAAUUGCCUGUGCUGUGCCCAGUUUUUUGUACCAGGGUGCCCACUCUCUUCCUAAAACAUAACUUUGCCUUUUGCAAAUAGAGCUUUCACAUCUGUUCUCUGUGGAUCUCACUUUUAUUGUGCUUCUGAUGAGGUUUGAGUUGCAAGGAAUAUGCUGGAUACCAUGGCUUUCUAUUAUACGUCUUUCCUAUGCUUGUAAGCCCCUCUUCUGGAAGUGUGUGCUACUGAAAACAAUGUAAGGCUGUUUAUUAUUUUUAUUUUUAACCUGAACUCGGAUUCAACAAGAAAUAUAUUCAGAACUUCAUCUGCAGUGUGUUGCUGGAUAAACCCAGUAGGGGGCUUACUCUUAAGUCCCCCCCCCCCAGUGUUUGGUUUUGGAAGUUCUGGAAGAAGAUAUUUGUUCACGUCUUUUUCUUUUGUUUGCUAUAUACCUCAGCAAUGAAAAUAUGAUGUUCAGAAGUAGGUGUGUACAAUUGAAAGGUAAUUAUUAGAAGUGAGAAGGCAUGGCAGGCAGGUAGGUAAUCCAGCAAGAGACACACUAUGAUUGUUGUAGUCUUUCUUCACUGCACCUAAUCACUAAUCUUUUCAUGCUACAAGAAGGAGCCUUAGAAUGUUUGAUGUGUUGCAAUUUGUGUUACAAAUACUUCUUGCACAGGAUUCAGAGACUAUUAGGCAAUUCAAGACUUAAAUCACAGACAAGUCCUUCCCAGAACCAGUAGCUACAGUGUUUAUUUUCCAGGAAAAUGUGGCACUAUCAUCCACUGUAGUGAUGCAAAUUCCUCCUCUGUGGGGUGUGUGAUGAUUAAUGAACAAUGCACAGCCUUUGGUUGUGUGAAUGUUCCUACACCUAUAUCAUUUUGUUCAAUUUAGAAGGAAGGACACAGGAAAAUUAUGUGAAGGGCUCCAACAAGGAUUUGUCCAUUUCUCCUUUCAAACCUGCAUCAUUAAACUUGUGGUUUUCCCCUCCAAAAGUUAUUUGGAGGCUGUUCCUCCAGGUUUUUUUUUUCACCACUGGACCUUUUUUCACCGCCUCCCACCUUUCUUGCUUUCCCUGUGUAACAACUCUGUAUUGCUGUCAGUAAGGGACUCCCGCUCCCAUUUUUCCAACUGGGCAUACUACUUUACGUGCCAGCAAAAAGCAAUGUAUGUGUGUACACAACCAUAUACUUACAUAUAUCAAAGGAGUCUGUUCACUAGAGAGCAAGCAUUGGUUGUAGAAUAGCAGUUAUUUUGGCUGCUGCUCACGGUGUAUGGGAAGCAAUUCUAAGUAGCACACCUUUGUCACAGAUGUAUGCUUAAAUGUUUCUCUGCUAUGGCUCAGUCAUUAGGAUGUAAGUUCCUACAUUCUUCCAUCAAAAGCCUACUUGUUCUUGCCUAGUCUAAUACAGCCCCUGAGCUGUGUUUUCCCAUGUGAGACUACUGCCUAUGGUUAACUGUUUUGCUAUUUAGUGUACACUGCUUUUCAGCAUUUGUUGCAUUUGCUUCCUUAGUUAGCUGGCAAAUGAUCAAUAGACUAUAAUUUAAUAUUAGUCUGUCAUAGCAUAAACAGAAAAGAAUUACAGUCAACCCUCGACUUACAAACUUAAUCCGUUUAGGAAGGAAGUUUGUAAGUCGAAA